AUGUCAUUUCUCUCUGUAGUAGGAUAUCGGUGUGGUGACCGCAACCAUGACUCGACGUGUGAUGUCAACAUUGCCUGGCCCCAUGCAAUGGGACUGUGA